AUGGAAUUCUUACAUGAGUAUUUAUUAGAAAGCGAUGAAGAUGAGGAUAUUGUCCAACUGUUACAUUAUAAACGUCGACCAUAUAUUAUAAAACAAAGACAAAACCACUUUGAGGAUUUAGACGACCAAGAUUUUUUUGUUAGAAUUCGGUUAAAAAAGAGUACAGUUUUGUCAAUCUUGGUUAAAAUUGAGACGAGAUUAGAAUUCCAAACUGACAGGAAUCGCAGCAUCUCUCCUAUCGACCAAUUGCUCCUUGCACUGAGAUUCUAUGCUGCAGGAACGUUCUUGAUUUCAUGUGGCGAUUAUUUUAAUGUUAGUAAGACCAGUGCCUGUAAUAUUGUAAAAAGAGUAUCUACUGCGCUUGCAGAAUUGGCACCAGAAUAUAUACGUAUGCCUACUGGUGACCAAAUAGAUAAAUCACAAGAACAAUUUUAUGGAAAAGCUAGAUUUCCACAGGUGAUAGGCAGUAUCGACUGUACUCAUAUUAGCAUUAUUUCGCCAGGUGGACCACGUGCAGAGACAUUCCGGAAUCGAAAGGGUUUUUUUUCAUUGAAUGUUCAAACUGUGUCCUCGGUGGAUUUAAAAAUUUUGGAUGUUGUUGCUCGUUGGCCAGGAUCGGCCCAUGAUCAACACAUUUUUGAUAAUUCAUUAUUAAAGCAAAGGUUUGAAAAUAAUGAGUUUGGUAAUGCUUUGCUAGUGGGUGAUAGCGGAUAUCGUAAUACCAAAUAUUUGGUAACACCUUUGCUGAAUACCCGAAAUAGAGUAGAAGAACUAUAUAAUGAAUCUUUAAUAAGAACUAGAAAUUCAGUGGAACGGCAAUAUGGCGUGUGGAAGAGAAGAUUUCCUGUACUUGCACUCAAGCUCCGAUUGAAACUAGAAACUGCAAUGACAGUAAUUGUUGCUACAGCAGUGCUACAUAACAUAGCAAUAAAUGCAAAGGAAGAAAUACCUCCAUAUGAUCCUGGAAUAAAUGUAAAUACUGUCGAGGUAGAUAACCUUGAUAUAGAAGAUGGUGAAUUACUAGGAAAUGCUAGAAAUCAACUUUUGGCGAAUUAUUUCCCUAACCUCUUAAAUUAAUAUUUAUAACAUAAUAAUCAAUUUUAUUUAGAUAUUAUUUG